AUGGCCCACUCUAACUUUAUGCAGGCCGAGGGCAUGCGCUCAUUAGGCUGGGCAGAGUUCAUGACCGUCGAGAUGGCCAACAACCGCCAGACCAUGGCUGUGAAGUAUUGGGUACCGAAAUCCUCACCUCCCAAUCAGAAGCGACCGCCACAGCAGAGACCCUUGCCGUCGUUAAGCGGAAAAUUGACCAUCUCUAUCGUCCAAGUGAAAGAGAAGACGGGCCGCAAGGGGUUUCGAUCGCCGCGCGCGCGCGUUGAGCACAUGCGCUUCGACGUCCACUGGGAGCCGGAGAACGGUGCGCUCGGCGUUAUCCCUGCUCUAGAAGACCUGUUCAUGCCGCCUGAGCAGCUUCGAAUUGACCUCGAUAUGGAGAGCCUGCUUCGGACGGUCAUCCGAUGGCAUACUGAAGGCGUCAUGAAGUUCUUCCAAACGCAGCUGCAGCGUGGCACCAUGACGCGCAACAUCUUCUCGCCGCAAGGGGACGUCGUCUUUGUCUCGAACGAGGGCUCUCCUUCCUCGCAGAUACACCUUUGCGCUGACAAGGUCGUCAUUGUCACUGUCGACCCACGGACGGAACGGCUUACCCUACGUGACACCGGUGAUCUCGCGGCCGCUGGUCGUGAGCCUCGCUUCGCUGCCAUCACGCAGCCACUGAAUGACGCGCCAUUCAUGCUUCCGCAGGCUCUUGUCUUAUUGCGGAAUGCUACUAUCACCGACCUUGCGGAGCAGAAGGUGCAAUAUCUCGGCUUGCAGAGCUACCGGACUCGCAACUUCUCCGCCGACGAGAUCAAGAAGCUCGGUCAGGACGCCCAAGGCCAUAUCUACAUCCAGCUGGGCAACUUCCCGACGCACUACCUCGUUCUCGUCAUCAUCGUUCAGGAUUUCCGGUAUGCGCUUAUAAGCGCGAAGGAGGUCGAGCACUCAAUGAACCACGACCUCGUCAUGGAGGACAUCGGCUGGCUCAACGUUCGUCGAAUACAUGGCAACCAGGUCACGAUAGAAGGAGGCAUGGGACCCGAUCCCAUAACCGGUCAGAAGCGGAAACGAGAGGACGGCAUGGGACGGGUGGGGCCAAGUGGGGAACAGUAUCCCGCCAGCUUCCGUCUGGAGACGAAUGUCCUUCGGGAGCUGUAUGCCUACUGCUGGUGA